CAAACAUUAUCAAAUUUUAUAAUAACAAGAGUAGUAUACGAAAUUUCUUCCUUUUUCUACAUUUUCCUAUUUGAUACAUAAAAGUAAUUAUUAAUUUAACCCUAUAGAAUACACUGAAACGAGGUUUUAGUUUACAAUGGAGCCUUCAGCGGUACGUGUCGCAGAGAAAGUUUACGUCAAGGUUGAGCCCUGUGAGGAUGUCUAUAUAAAAGACGAGCCUAACUUUGAGACAGUGGCUAUGAAAAUUGAACCGGACCUGGCCUAUAUCAAUGCACAAGACGAGCCUAACUGCGAAGAUGUGUCCAUAAAAGCCGAGCCUUCUUGCUCGUAUGUUACUGUUAAAAUCGAGCCGCUGGAAGUGAAUGUCGGAACGGGCCUGCAAGCCGAUCACGCCUUAAAAGAUGAGACCGUGCUAGAAGAGCAGUGCGGGGAUCGCCCUGUACCAACAGGGGAAUCUCCACAGAAGAAACCAAAUACUGAGACCAAACAUGCCAAUGAGAAGCCACACAGAUGUGGCCAAUGUAGCUUCGCUACCACCGUAAAAAGAGUUUUGCAGCGCCACCUACUGAAACACACUGGUGAGAAGCCUUACAAAUGCGCUCAGUGUGACUACGCUAGCAUCCGCCUGGAUCAUUUGAAAAAUCACGAAAAGAUACAUAUUAGUGACAAGCCUUUCAAGUGCAACCAAUGCGAAUAUGCUAGCGCCAAAAAAGUAAACUUGCAGCUUCAUAUCAUGAAACAUACUGGCGAAAGUCCCUUCAAAUGCGAUUAUUGCAGUUAUUCUAGCACCCAAAAAGCUAACCUGCAAAGUCAUGUGAAAACACAUACUGGAGAAAAACCUUACAAAUGUAAUCAAUGUGAUUAUGCGUGCGCACAUAAAGGGUCACUGCUAACUCAUUUAAAUAAGCAUAAUAACGAUAAACCUUACAAAUGUGAUAAAUGUACUUUCGCCACUAACUGCAAAAAUAGUUUUAUGAUACAUUCAAGAAAACACACGGGAGAGAAACUUUACAAAUGUGAAUACUGUAGUUAUUCUAGCCCCCGUAGAUGUCACAUGCAAGAUCAUAUAAGGAAACACACUGGUGAAGCACCUUUCAAAUGUCCUCAUUGUAGUUAUGCUACUCCGCAUAAAUCUGCUUUACGGUCUCAUGUACGACAACACACAAGUGACAAACCCUAUAAGUGCAAACAGUGCACUUAUUCUAGCAACCAAAGGUAUCAUUUGGAAGUUCACAUAACAAAACACACAGGUGAAAAACCGUAUAAGUGUCAUCUUUGUGGUUAUGAGUGCAGCAAAAUAGGUAUCUUAAACGUUCACAUAAAAAAACAUACUGCGGAAAAGUCUUAUAAAUGCGAGCAAUGUAACUACGCUACUCCCUACAGAUGUAAUUUACAAGCACAUAUAAUUAAGCACACUAAUGACAAACCUUUCAAGUGCGAUCAGUGUGACUAUGCUGGCAAUUCAAAGAGAAGUUUGACAGUUCAUUUAAAGAGUCACACAGGGGAGAAGCUAUUCAAAUGUGAUCAAUGUAGUUUUGCUAGUAAUUACAAGAAGAGUAUUAUAGCUCAUAACAAAAAUAAUCACAAUAGUUAGACGUUAACAUGCUACCUUUGAACGGCCGAAGGUUAAAGAAGUGGCAAAAUGGGAGUGGAAGUAACUUACAAAAAAAAAUAUUUAUUUUAUUUUCUGAAAUUGUUAAAAUAUAUUAUUUCAAAAUCACAUGGUUAUUUCCCUUAUUAUAAACACCUUCUCUUUUAUCUUAAAGUUUGAUAAUUUGUCUAUACAAAUGAAAGUAGAAAAGAUUUCGUCACUACUUUUAAAAAAACUUGUAUCUUCGUCUGUCAAUGAAAAGAAAAUUGUAGUAAGUAUGUAUGGAAUGCAUAUAGACUUACUGCGUUCUAACUUUGAGGAACAGCGUGAGAUACGAGAUUUUUUAAAGUAGUGACGAUUUGUAGCUAAAUUAAAUAAAUUUGAGUACGCGAACAAAAAUAUCUGACCAUGUUUUUAUAUAACCUACAGUCGUGUUUAAAUGAAAGUGUGUAGAAAUGGACUGUUGAACAUUUUUAGAGGAAACUGAAUCAGCUUUCGAUAGAAAGUAGCCGGCGCGGCGACCCGAUGGAUCAUAUUCAUCUUUAUUUGUAUUAGAGAUGGGCCGAAUAUUCGGUAAAUAUUCGAUAUUCGGCAUAUUCGGCAAGUUUUUCAAUGUUCGUAUU